UGGAGGGGUAACCAGUGCAAACAACACCAUGGCGGCAAGCACUCGGAAUAGCGGGACAGUAGCUUGCCAAUUAUUGGUUCCUUAAAUAUUCAUAUUCUGUUUCAUUAAAAGAAAAAGAUUCUGCCAUCGUAUAUCCAUGCCGGGUCCACCCAAUCCCAUCCGUAAUAUCCUCCGAUUCAUCAGCAUCAAUUAUAAACCAUUCAUACAUACGUAAAUGACUAAAAUAGACUAUCUGCACAUGCUUUUGCGUGGGUGACAUUUGUGUGACAAGAAACAUAAAAGUUUGUUGCUGAAGGAGAAGAAGUGUGAUGGAAUCGAGGAAAUGGAGUAUACUGACUCUUCUACCCCUGCUAACCUCCUUUCUACUCUUCUAUUUCGAUAUCUCUUCAAAGCCCUCAAGGAGCAUGUGCAGCCUUCAAUCUCACAGCCAUUUCUGGAUUGCUAGCAAGCGUAUAGUGACGCCAAAAGGGAUCAUCUGUGGUGCAGUUGAGGUGAAGGGAGGAAGCAUCAUAUCUGUGGUUGAUGAAGUUACUUGGAGAGGAAUGGUUAAGAGUGGAGAGGUAUUGGAUUAUGGGGAUGCCGUUAUAAUGCCUGGUUUGAUUGAUGUACAUGCACAUCUUGAUGAUCCUGGGAGGACUGAAUGGGAAGGAUUUCCUUCUGGGACCCGAGCAGCUGCUGCUGGUGGUGUAACAACAUUGAUCGACAUGCCCCUUAAUAGUUUCCCGUCUACAGUUUCAGAAGAGACUUUGAAGCUUAAGAUUGAGGCCACCGGAGGGAGAAUCUAUGUUGAUGUCGGUUUCUGGGGAGGUUUAGUUCCAGAAAAUGCAUUCAAUGCAAGUGCUUUGCAGAUUCUGCUGAAAGCGGGAGCCCUUGGCUUGAAGUCCUUCAUGUGCCCUUCAGGCAUCAAUGACUUUCCGAUGACAAAUUCAUCUCAUAUUAAGGAAGGACUGGCUGUGCUGGCAAAGUACAAAAGACCCUUACUUGUUCAUGCAGAAUUGCAAGAAGAGCUUGACAAUGAAUAUGACUUGAAAGAUGAUGCUACAGAUGAUGCUAGAUCUUACUCUACAUAUCUUAAGACAAGGCCUGCAUCAUGGGAAGAAGCAGCGAUCAGAGAGCUCUUAACUGUAACAAAAGACACUCGGCCAGGUGGCUCUGCCGAGGGUGCUCAUCUUCAUAUUGUUCAUCUAUCUGAUGCAAGGGCUUCUUUAGAGUUGAUUAAGGAAGCAAAAAAGAAUGGAGAUAGUGUGACUGUUGAAACAUGCCCACAUUAUCUAGCUUUUGCAGCCGAAGAGAUCCCUGAUGGCGAUACACGUUUCAAGUGCGCUCCACCUAUCCGUGAUUCAGCUAACAGAGAUCAAUUAUGGGCUUCUCUAUUGGAUGGAAGCAUAGACAUGUUAAGCUCAGACCAUUCUCCUUCAGAGCCAGAUCUUAAGCUCUUAAGUGAGGGAAAUUUCUUGAAAGCAUGGGGUGGCAUAUCCUCUUUGCAGUUUGUUCUCCCCGUAACAUGGACAUAUGGGAAGAAAUAUGGAAUUACAUUAGAACAGAUGGUUUCAAUGUGGAGUGAGAAGCCCGCUAAGCUUGCAAACCUUAAUUUAAAGGGCUCAUUUGUGAGUGGGAAUGAUGCUGAUAUUGUAAUCUGGCAACCAGAAGCCGAGUUUGAACUGGACGAUAGUCAUCCUAUCCACCUCAAGCACCCUAGUAUAUCUGCAUAUUUGGGAUCAAGACUCUCAGGGAAGGUUUUGGCUACAUUCGUAAGAGGAAACCUUGUUUUUGAAGAGGGAAAACAUGCCCGAGAUGCUUGUGGUGCCCCCAUCCUAGCAAAAUAAACAGAAUUCACCACACUCAAUUGAUUAAUCUCAUGGUUCUAAAUUGAAUACUUCACCGGCAGCACGACAUAGCUAUUCUGGUCUGUGUUUAAUCAUCUCCAAAAGGAUGGUAUUAUUUUUGGGGGAGUGGAGAAGUCGUGUUCAUAAAUCUGUUGGUUCUCUCCCUCAGUUUCAUUCAUGCUGUCAAAUUCAAUCCUAUUAAUAACCACAAUAAAUCAAUGGUAAAUGUUCAUUGAGAUAGUUUUGAAUUCCAACACAGUUUUGCCCAAUUGAGAUAGCCAUCUGCCAUGAGCAUGGACAAUAUUCAUCAAAUUUGAAAUAAGG